AUGGGGAUUACAGAUGAUGAAACUAAGGUCCAGAGAAGUUUAAAUGACCCACUGCAGAAAAUAGUUUUCGAAUCACACACUAAGAAACGACUGCAGAAAGAACUGUUGGCUUUGCAAAAUGACCCACCUCCUGGGAUGACUUUAAAUGAAAAGAGUGUUCAAAAUUCAAUUACACAGUGGAUUGUAGACAUGGAAGGUGCACCAGGUACCUUAUAUGAAGGGGAAAAAUUUCAACUUCUAUUUAAGUUUAGUAGUCGAUAUCCUUUUGACUCUCCUCAGGUCAUGUUUACUGGUGAGAAUAUCCCCGUUCAUCCUCAUGUGUAUAGCAAUGGUCAUAUCUGUCUGUCCAUUCUAACAGAAGACUGGUCCCCAGCGCUCUCAGUCCAGUCAGUCUGUCUUAGCAUUAUUAGCAUGCUUUCCAGCUGCAAGGAAAAGAGACGACCACCAGAUAAUUCUUUUUAUGUUCGAACAUGUAACAAGAAUCCAAAGAAAACAAAAUGGUGGUAUCAUGAUGAUACUUGUUGAUGCCACUGUUAUCAUCCUCCUAGCAGAAGAUAGUCCUACUGAGAAAUGAGCACUUUGAUCAUUCAGUCUUUGAACUUUAACCUUUGACUGGAAGUGACCUAUAGGCAAUGAAGACUACUUCCUUUACUGCAUUUUUACUCGUGUGCAUUCUGGGCGCAUGUUGAUCGCUGGUUCAGUCCGGGCAACUGACAUGCUUUUAUUAGUCAUACAGUAUUAAUGCAGGUGUCAGGAAAUGUCAAAUAUAAUUCCAUUUUUUAUUUUUAUUUUUUUAAGCUUUUGGAAAAGUUCCAGGUCCUCAUGUAUUGUGCAAUAACAAUGACUUCCUUGACGGUUUGGGGACGUUCAUUGCCGGCAAUGGACGUUAUAAUAGGAAAAAUUUUCAUUAACUCCUGCCACCCAGUGAUUAAUGCAUGAUAGGGCCUAUGAAAUGAAUUUACAGGUUAUCGUGGGAUUAUAAAUAAAGUGAGGGAUCCAACAUUACUUUGAAGGUCACCCCAACUGUUUAUAUUUGGAUUCUAUGCACUGUGAUCCUAAGGUUUAACAGCAUGAAUUAACAUGCAUCUUUAAAGGACUGUAAUGAAAGAUCAUUGCGUAUUUAUUGAAUUGUUUAUAUCUGCUGUCAAAUUGUUUUGACAUGAAAGGUUUUCAAGUAACAUUGGCAGAGAGGUACAAUACGUUAUCCCUAUGGUGAAAAUAAAUUCAUUUGUUGUAUAUAGUUCCUCGAUCUCUGAAGUAAAGGUAUGAUUAAUAUAGGGUAUGAGUGGUUUAAUCAAGGCUUUAUAUUGGAAGUAAGAAAAAUGGCAGUGAUGAUUAAACUGCUGCAGUCCAUGACUUGGGCUUAUUAUUUGUACAUUAACGGUUUUUCCAAGUAGAUUACACUCUGUUACUUCCUGCUAGCCAUCAGCAUGAGCCCUACUGCCUAAACACUAUUCAUUUAUUUAUGUUUGGAAAAUCCAUAAACAUUUUUGUUUGCAAUUUUGUUUCUUUUAUGUUUUAAGUCAAGUUUGAAUGUUACAAUACUUUAAUUGAAGAACUUUUGUCAAGUUUUUUCUUGUAAAUUUUCUUUACUUGUAAGUAUCAUCUUGUCCUUCAAUCCUGUACCCUAAAAUAAGAAAUACAUUUUUGACAGAGGCUUAAUGUUUUAACAAAGAGUGUGGACAUUUUUAUUUUAAAAUUUAGGCAAAAGUACACCGUAGAAUGGUAUGUUUGCUUACUUGUCUCACACAACCAUGCAGUUACUUCUGAGGGAUUUGUCUUGUUUUCUUGUUGUUUAGAAGACUUUGCUUCCAGCUAGAUAAAAAUUUUUCUACAGAAAAAAAAAAAAUUGUUGAAAGGUCCAGUUCUCAGUACCAUGUAAGUUAAUGAUAACUGCAAGUAGAUUCUCUUUUUAAAAAGUGAUUACUGUAUUUUAUAAAUUACCUUUUCACAUAUGCAAAAUCUGUUUCUACUACAAUGUUAUUUUUACUAAUGUCUAUUGUUGCACUCUUUUUGACAUAUCCUACAAUGAAUUUAUGAAUCAAUUUGAACUUAAAAAUGAAAGCCAGUUGGCUCAAAGGUUUGAAAUAUGUACCCCAGCAAAACCAUCCAAUCAAUAAUUGGCAAAGACUAUUUUAAAAAUUGUUUUUAAUCUCUGUAUAGAUGACAUUUUGUAGCUUUGUACAUGUUAAUUAAGGGCAUAUAAUUUUACACUCUAAAGUAUAAUUGCUGAACUCAGGGUGGGUAGACUUCAAAAAUAUGUCUGCUUUAGAAAUAACUUGAAAAAAAUUAAAACUAUGGCCAGCUACCAAAUUGUGGACACUGUUUAUAUGGCUAGUUAGCAACUGCCACUUUUUAAAAUUAAAAACAUUUUCGUUCUAUCUUUACUAGAUAUACCUAAGUUUUCACACUAGUCUCUAUCCGUCUUAAUUGGUCUGUUUAACAAGACAGAAAAUGUUGUUUGGAAUGCUUUGAAUUACUCUUAGUUUUUAAGUGCUUUUUAAUUUGAAAAUUGUAGCUGUAAAUUAUGUGAGGUUUUUUUUUUUUUUUUUUCCAUAUUUUACAUAACGGCUCUAACCUCCUGACUGACUUGACCAUUUUCUGGAGUUGGGGUGGGGGAGUCUUCAUACCGCUGGUCCUCUCACCGAUAUCCUUUUAUAAGAAAAUGACCUGUGACGUUUAUUCACCAAAGGAAUCGAUAUACCAGGUCAAAGAUUAACAAUGCUAUACUAUAGAUUAAUAGCUCAUAUAUAACCUCAGUUGAGUUUUUUAAUAUAAACAGUAUUUUAACAUACCUCUCUCUCUCUACAUAGAGAUAUCGUAAAAUAAAUUAAAAUGAAGUGGAGGAAAGUAAAGGAAAACCAAAUAAUUUCGGUACAUUUUAUGGUUUAAAGAGAAGAAAUUAAGAUGAAAUAUCCUAUAAGAUAGACAUACCAACCAUUCAAAGUUUGCAAUCAGAUAACACCUCUUCAUUACUCCCUUGAACUUAGGAAUCUCUGAAAACUCCUUGCACUUGGAUUUAAGAAGUUAAUUUUAAUGUAAAUUACAUUAUUAAAAGACAUAAGACGUUUACCUGAGUCAUUGUUCUAGAGAGGGCAAUUAGUGGCUUUGUAAUAAUAAAAAAAAUAUUUCUCUGUAAUCAUGUUGGAUGACAACCAGAAUGCCAAGAAAAUGUACAUAGGAACACGCUACUUCCCUCCUGCCUGCAUUCCCUCUGUGGGGCGCUCUCUGCUGCGUAGGCCUGCGAAUUAUACUCUUGUAUUUAGACAGUAGAACUUCCUUUUUUAUUUAUUUAUUUAUUUAUUUUAAGGCCAUUCUUCUGGUUUGCCAAAUUCCGUUGACAGUGAUACAUUCAAGUCCUUAUUUUGCAUGCUUAGAUCAGGAACUUGGUGCCCUUUCAAAAAAACUUAUGUCAAGUAGGUAUUAAUGCCAUAGAUUUUAAAUGGUUUUCAGUUUUUUUAAGAUAAAUUUUUAAAAAUAAAUUUUAUGGAUGUUCUCUUAAGGAAUUUAAUAUUCACUUCUAAAGGACUUCACUUGUAAUGUGUAAAUUCCUCCUUUUAAGCUAGCAGGGAAAUAAAGCCUUUUUUAAUCCCUAGGGAAAAAAUGCUAAAAAUCGCUUUUCUAUACAGUUCCUCUGGAGAAAGCUCUUAAUCUCUGUUGUUUUGAUUAGGUACACAAAUAUUUGGUAUAAAGUAACUAGAAUAGUUUAUUACUUUUCCCUUCUGAAAUUUUAAAUAUAUGCAUAUUUAGAUUCCUGUGGUGGAUAAUAAUUUUUUCAGAUUCUAAAACAGGUCUCUAGUGACUGCUUGAUUGUUCCCAGAUUGCAUCAAAGAUGAAUUGACAAAUAAUGGAAAUGACUAGUGAUAUGAAAAUGGUAUGUAACCACAUAUUACUUGUUUCUGGUACUUGAGUCUUAUUUUUUUAAAAGCCUAUUGUUUUUGAGAAUUGAGAUAUUUAAAACUUGUUAAAGCUUCUUCCUAAAAAUAGAAGAGAAGAGGAGGUACUGUGUGUUCAAAAAAUUUUUUUAAAUAAAGAUUUCGGUGUCACUAGGCCUUUAUGGUUACUGCUGCUUAUAUUUCUUGAUCUCACUUUUAUUUAGUUUUUUGUACAUAUUUUAGCUGAAUGCUUCAGGUUGAUAAUUGUGUAUAUAAGUUGGUUUUUUAUGAAGAACUGAGGCUUCACCAUAUGUUUCUCUUCUGAGGAUUCAUUCUCAAAACCAGCUGCUGCACUGUUCUGUGUUACGUUAAUACCUUUGCAUGACUGAGAUCUGUGAAGUGUCUUAAGCCGCACCAACCAGCCCUAAUCUAAUCCUCUUCGCAGUCCUUUUUUGUUGUUUGUGUUUGUUUUUUAUCCCUCUUUUAUUUGUUUUCCUUUCUGUCUUCUUACAUAUGUACAGUGUAUCAGCCUUUAGCAUUUUAUUUCUGACUUCUCAGUUUUUCUCCCUCCCUCCCUUUCUUUCUUCUUUCUCCCAUUCCCCUUCCUUCCUUUUCCUUUUCUUCGGGUUAGGGAAUCCAGAGGAAGGAAGAUUUUUAAAAUUUCUACCUCUCAUCAGAAUUUUUUUUAAUAAAAAGACUUCUGCCUACAGAUAAAAUACAUAAUUUCAGAUACAUAAUUUCAGUCCAUCAGCAGGUGGCAAAAUUUGUUAAAUUGGCUAAAUGAGCUGUUAACUAUAAUUUAGUUCUUAAUUACUAAUAUUAAGAGAAUUUUGUUUACUUUUUGGGUGGUGACUCUCCCAAAACCUAAUUAUUGGCCAGCUGAAUUAAAUUACUUGGUAAAUUAAUUUUCAUUUAUUUUCACUUAUUUUCAUUUAAGUUUCUAAGCCUUUUUGAGAUUUGGAACUCUUUCAGAAAUAAUUUAUGGGAGACUUGCUUUCUCAGCAUAAAUCAUGCAUUCAUUUAAAGAUGGGCUUUUUUACAACAUUAUCAUUUGAGGCCCAUGGAAUCUAAACAUGUCCUUCAAACUUAGAUCUCCUGCAAGUUGAAGUUCUGGUUCUGACAAUGGUACUGGUUAAUUGAGGUGUUUAUUGUGAUUUUAAUUCUCAAAUGUUCAUGUUGGGACUUAUAUUUGGGGAUGAAUCUCCAGAAUGAUUAUACGAAUAUCUUUUUUAUGAAAAAUGUUUUGUCGAUUAAAAAAUAUAUCCAGAGUCAUUUUGAAUGUAUGGAAAGAAUGCCAGAACAGAAGCUGGCAUAUCUUAGCAUACCUAAAGAUCUCCAGUUUUGCAAGUUGAGUACAGUUGACUGGGAAAAAGAAAAACAGCUCUUGUUCUCUUCCUCGGCACAUACAGUGUCAGGGUUUUUGAAGAAAGUGCUCCUACAGUACUUGUAAGCUGUCUUCUGAAAGGCAGAGCGUGGCUUCACACUGACUGGGCUUGGCUUGUAAAGUGUGACGUCACUUGUCAGAUUUCCUGGUACAUGGAAAGAUUAAAUAAUCCUGCCUCUCACUUUAAAGCCUGAAGCAGGACUAGUAAGGAAUUUGGUAGAUUGUGUCAGAUAACCAUCAAAAUGCAAGUCUUCAUAGUUAACCAUAGAUUCUUUAUAUAAAGUGCAAAUUGAUUGUCAGGCUUGAGGUAAAAUAAUUUUAAUAGAUUAUUAGAUUCAUUAUCUCGUAGCCAAGAACUAAGUGCAUGUUUAAGUCAAAAUGGAUUUGUUAUUUUUAGUUGGUACCAUUUUUCUCUCAAUAUUCAGAAUUAAAGAUUGUGCAUUUUAUUAAUAGGAAUGGAAGUUCGUGCUUGAGGAUUUGAAUAGGGUAGAUGUAUAUAUUUUAUAAAUUCAACUUGUAAAAUAUGUAAAGCUACUGCUUUUUAAAUCGAAUAUAAAUGUUAAGACAUAAAUCUAUAUAUUAUAUAUUUUUAAAUACAUGUACCAAACUUUUGUUAGUUGAAUAUAAAUUACAUUGUGUGCUUUAUGGAAUUUAGUAACUUUUAAUAAAGCAGUUGUCCUUGA